CCAGCAUGCAGAUUUGUGAGAGAACAGCCGCACGGAUAGUGCAGCCGCCAGACUACGAACAUUUAACUAUAAGGAGACUAUAUCUCGACAGGUUUUUGACCACAACCUCUCUGCCUCGCAAAACACCUUUAACUACACUUACAACAACAAAACACCGCUAACAGCAAUACUAGCACAGACUUAUAUAACCAUGUCUGCUCCAGAUGUGUUAUCGAUCCUUCAGGAUCCGCACCUCUUUGAACUCCACGGGGCUUCCAUUAGAGAAGACCUCCUCAGAUCCUAUACCACCCAGUCAGAUAACCAGGUGCAGCUUGAAAAUGGCCUCCUCCACGCGGAAAAUGCUAACAAGGCGUUUAAACAGGCGCUAAGUGAGAUCGGAACGGUUGUGAUCAGCGUCGCUAUGGGAGACUUGUCGAAAAAGGUGGAGAUCCAUCCGGUCGAAAGCGAUCCCGAGAUUCUCAAAGUUAAAAUCACCAUCAACACCAUGAUGGACCAGCUUCAGACCUUUGCCAGUGAGGUUACCAAGGUGGCCACGGAGGUGGCUAACGGUGAGCUCGGUGGGCAGGCCAAGAACGCGGGCUCCGUGGGUAUUUGGCGCUCCUUAACCGACAAUGUCAAUAUUAUGGCGCUUAACUUGACGAACCAGGUCAGAGAAAUCGCCGACGUCACCGAGGCCGUCGCGAAGGGCGACUUGUCACGAAAGAUUAAUGUACACGCCCAAGGCGAGAUUUUGCAGCUCCAGGGUACGAUCAAUACCAUGGUGGACCAGUUACGAACCUUUGCUUUUGAAGUCACGAGAGUAGCCCGUGAAACCGGUGUGGAUGGCCAGCUAGGGGGCCAGGCGCAAAUUAACAACGUGGAGGGUAUCUGGAAGGAGUUGACGGACAAUGUCAACGCCAUGGCGCUGAACUUGACUAACCAGGUGAGAAAUAUUGCCAACGUCACCACCGCCGUCGCCAAGGGUGACUUGUCGAAAAAGGUCACGGCAGACUGUAAGGGUGAGAUCCUUGAUUUGAAAUUAACCAUCAACCAGAUGGUGGACCGAUUGCAAAACUUUGCCAGCGAGGUGACAACCUUGGCGAGAGAAGUCGGAACGGAGGGGAUUCUAGGCGGUCAGGCCAACGUCGAGGGUGUCGAGGGUGCUUGGAAGGCCGUCACUGAGAACGUCAACAACAUGGCUGCCAACUUGACAAACCAGGUCAGAGCCAUCGCCACCGUCACCACUGCCGUCGCGCACGGUGACUUGUCCCAGAAGAUUGACGUCAUCGCCAGGGGAGAGAUCUUGGAGUUGAAGGACACCAUCAACAAGAUGGUGGACUCCUUGCAGGUUUUUGCGCGGGAAGUGACGCGUGUGGCCAAGGAUGUCGGGAUCGAUGGUAAGUUGGGUGUCCAGGCCCAGGUCAGCGAUGUGGACGGGUUGUGGAAGGAGAUCACCACCAAUGUCAACACCAUGGCCGCGAACCUUACGUCCCAGGUCAGAGCCUUUGCCCAGAUUACGGCAGCAGCCACAGACGGGGACUUUACCAGAUUCAUUACCGUCGAGGCAUCCGGUGAAAUGGAUGCGUUAAAGACAAAGAUUAACCAGAUGGUGUUGAAUUUGAGAGAAUCCAUCCAGCGUAACACCGCCGCCAGAGAGGCGGCUGAGUUGGCCAACAGCGCAAAGUCAGAGUUUCUCGCCAACAUGUCGCACGAGAUUCGUACCCCCUUGAACGGUAUUAUCGGGAUGACCCAGUUAUCGCUAGAUACCGAGCUCACCCAGUACCAGCGAGAGAUGUUGUCGAUUGUGCAUAACUUGGCAAACUCCUUGUUAACCAUCAUUGACGAUAUCUUGGAUAUCUCCAAGAUCGAGGCGAACCGAAUGACGGUGGAGCAGAUUGACUUCAGCUUGCGAGGCACGGUAUUUGCUGCCUUGAAGACGCUUGCCGUCAAGGCGAUCGAGAAGAACUUGGAUUUGGUGUACCGGACGGACAACUCCUUCCCGGACAAUCUUAUCGGGGACUCCUUUCGGUUGAGACAAGUGAUCCUCAACUUGGCUGGUAACGCGAUCAAGUUUACCAAGACCGGGAAGGUUACCGUGACCGUGAAAAAGUCGAGGCGCAAGGAGCACGCUGACAUUCCCGAUAACGAGAUGUUCUUAGAGAUUUUUGUGGCUGAUACGGGGAUUGGUAUUGAGAAGGACAAGUUGGGGCUUAUCUUUGACACAUUCUGCCAGGCCGAUGGUAGCACCACCCGAAAGUUUGGCGGGACGGGCUUGGGGUUGUCCAUCUCCAAGCAGUUGAUUCAAUUAAUGGGUGGUGAGAUCUGGGUCGCCUCUGAGUAUGGGGUCGGCUCCCACUUUGAUUUCUCCAUUUUGGUGGCGCCUGCCCCUAACGACUUGACCCGCCACGCCAACAGCCUCAGGCCGUUCAAGAACCACAACAUUUUGUUCAUCGCCAGUGAGCACUCUGAGUCUGAUCUCCAGAUUAUCCACCAGGGUAUCCUCGAGUUGGAAUUGAAGCCAGAUAUUGUCAGAAGCAUAGAAGAGGCGAACUUGUCCGACCCGGAUAAGUACGACAUAAUUAUUGUCGACUCUCUCCUCACGGCUGAAAAUUUGCGGUUGUUGCCGGAAGUGAAGUAUAUCCCGCUUGUGUUGCUCCACCCCUCGAUCCCCUCCUUAAACAUGAGAUUGUGUAUCGAUUUGGGUAUCUCCUCGUACGGUAACACCCCGUGCUCCGUCUGUGAUUUGGCAGGCGCCCUCAUCCCUGCGUUAGAGUCCAGGUCCAUCUCUCAGAGCAACGAUGGCUCCACCUCCUACAAGAUUUUAUUGGCGGAAGAUAACUUGGUGAACCAAAAGUUAGCAGUGCGCAUUUUGGAGAAGUUUGGCCACAAGGUGGAGGUGGUGGAGAACGGGUUGGAGGCGUUCAAGGCCAUCAAAAAGAACCAUUACGACGUGAUCUUGAUGGAUGUACAGAUGCCUAUUAUGGGUGGGUUUGAAGCGACUGCCAACAUCCGUGAAUGGGAGAAAGAGUCGAACCCAAUCGAUCCUAUGAGUUUCCGCACUCCGAUCAUCGCUUUGACCGCCCACGCCAUGAUUGGUGAUCGCGAGCGCUGCUUGAGGGCCCAAAUGGACGAAUACUUGUCAAAGCCGUUGAAGCCAAAAUUGCUUGUCCAGACCAUCAGCAAGUGUAUCCACAACUUUAAUCAGCUCAAGGACUUGUCUCGUGACAACCAACGGAACUCUUCGUUUGCGACCGCUAUGACCAAAGAAGCUGUGAACCCUACGGGGACUAGCUUUGCCCACCGUUCGUCCUCCGAUUCCAACACCCCCACUACCUCCUCGUUAAAGCUGGACACUGACGCCCUCGUGCGGCUAGGAGAAUCGAUCAAGAGCAAUCUUGCAGGAUUGGUGGGUCUCCUGCAAGAGAUUUCAGGCACCAAUGGAGCUAUCAGAGUUUCCCCCGAUGGUGAGAGACUUCUUAAAGGGGCAAAGUCCCUUAUCGGCACUCCAAACCCUGAAAGACCAAAGUUGGCUCUCUCUCAGAGAUCCAUCACAGAGAGUAGCUUGCAAACCUUGGCUAGUUCCAGUGAACCUUCCCCGGUCUUGAAACGGCCUAGAUCCGAUGAUAAAGAUGAGAGCUCUGAUAGGCACCAUUAACGCCGAAGCUUUCUAUUAGCCAUAUAGCGUACUUUUAUUUUUUCUGUUUCUUUGUGAAUGUAUUAUAUUUUUAGUGGUUGUAAGGUUAGGGCUCUAUUUUAUAUCCAAUGGAAUACUGCAACGGUGCGUUACAAAAAAAAAACUACUCUGGCAGCGUU